CUGCGGACCACAGCGAGGCCAAGAGCCUGGAGCGCGGCGAGCGGCUGGUCUGCCGCGAGGAGCUGAGUGUGCAGGUUGGAAAUCAUUCAACAUCCAAAAGAGAGGCUUCCUCUGUUACAACUCUAAAACAGACCCAUAGAAAGCCCACACCUUUAUGAUUCAGUAAAUGUUUUUACACUGCCAAAUAUGCCCGUCUUGUGCCCAACUUUUCACCUGUGUGAUCCGCGCGUUUACACUGACCGAGGUAAUUUACGGGCUUUAUUUCGCACCCCUUUUAACCCUCUCUGACCCUACACAUAUUGGCGGUUUCAUUUUGAUGUAAAUGCGAUAAGACAGCUUUCCAGUUCUAGGGGCGAGGCUUGGGUAGAGGUGUUGCUGCAUUGUCUCUACAACAGAGACGAUGCAGCGAUAUCAACAUGAAUAGUUGUAACUGGAGAGAAGGUGAAAUUCACGAGCUGCUGACCAUCAUGGGAGAGAAGGUGAUGCAGUCGCAUUUGAAGAAGACGAAAGAUUGUCGAUCUAAGCGAAAGUACCAGGCAAACUUUCCUUACAAUGCUUCGUCAGCAAAGUGGUUAGCAAAGUAAAGAAUAUUUCGGCAUUUUUGCACUUGUAAAUAGUUAAUCGCGUUUUAGCCUACACUCUGAUGUGAACUCAUUCUUGCAUGCGAGGGUCUUGAAUUAAUAAAUAUAUUUAUUUAUUUUGCAAUUCAUUGUAAAGAGUCGUACUCUCCGUGUGAAGGCCCGCCUUCUACUGUGAACCAAGCAAUUCAGCUCUGAGACGAAGGGGGAUUAUACCCCCUUGGUUUUACACAGACAAGACAUUGAAAUUGCAGGGCGUGCCAAGCCGCGACCGAACCAGCUUGGCAGUGUAAAAAUGCUUGAUGUGUCGUUGGUGGGGAUUGACAGCUAUUCUGUGAAAAUGAAAGAAUAUGUCUUGUGUGUGUUUCCUUCUUUAUGUGGAAAGCAGCAGACCCCAGACACCAUUUCAAUCAAAGUUGAAGAGGAUAUUGGUGGAGGCUUGCCCGCCGCAGAAGACUGUGAUGCCUUUGGAGACCGUAGCACUCAGCGCAACGCCACCUCAAAGAUUCUGGGUGUGGACGCCCCUGGCUCCUCCCACAUGUCCAGUCGUAGCGAGGAACUGCUGCAGACCCCAGACACCAUUUCAAUCAAGGUUGAAGAGGAUAUUGGUGGAGGCUUGCCCGCCGUAGAAGACGGCAAUGACAUCAGAGACUGCAGCACGCAGUCGGAGAGUCUGCGUGUGGACGCCCCUGGCUCCUCCCACAUGUCAAGUCACAGCGGGGAGCUGCGCAUCCUGAGCGUUUACGGACAAGGGGAGGGCCCACUGGCGGUGGACGGCCAUGACACCCUCUUUGUCGCGUCAGAACUGGAGGCCUUGAGCUCGCUGUCCACAGGCCACAGCGUGGCCAAGAGCCUGAACUGCAGCGUGCGGCUCGUCCGCCUUGAGGAGCUGACUGGGCAUCAGGGCGGCCGCAAGGACCGGCCCGGUGUCUUGUGUGGAAAGGUUAUUCCCAACAAUGCCAAUAUGAUCGUCCACAUGAUGCCUCACUCUGAGGAGAAGCCCUACAAGUGUGACCAAUGCCCAAAGCGUUUCAGUCAUAGCUCCGCCCUGAAUAUCCACAUGAGGACUCACUCCGGGGUGAAGUCCCACAAGUGUGACCAAUGCACGAAGAGCUUCAGUCAGAAAAGCUACCUGAAGAUCCACAUGAGAACUCACUCCGGCGAGAAGCCCUACAAGUGUGACCAAUGCAUGAAGUGCUUCAGUCAUAGCUCCACCCUGAAUUUCCACAUGUCGACGCACACCGGCGAGAAGACCUACAGGUGUGACCAAUGCCCGAAGUGCUUCAGUCAUGCCCGUCUCCUGAAGUUCCACAUGUCGCUUCACUCUAGGGAGAAGCCCUACAGGUGUGACCAAUGCCCGAAGCGCUACCUACGGAAAUGCGACCUGAAGAUCCACCUGAGGACUCACUCCGGUGAGAAGCCCUACAAGUGUGACCAAUGCAUGAAGUGCUUCAUUCAGAAAGGCCCCCUGAUGAGCCACAUGAAUACUCACUCCGGUGAGAAGCCCUACAAGUGUGACCAAUGCACGAAGUGCUUCACUCUGAAUGCCCUCCUGAAGCACCACAUGAGUACUCACUCCCUUGAGAGGCCCUACAAGUGUGACCAAUGCAUGAAGUGCUUCAAGCGGACAGGCGACCUGAAGAUCCACAUGAAGACUCACUCCGGGGAGAAGCGCCACAUGAGGACUCACUCCGGGGAGAAGCCCUACAAGUGUGACCAAUGCACGAAGUGCUUCUGUCGGAAAGGCCCCCUGAAGCGCCACAUGAUGACUCACUCUGGGGAGAAGCCCUACAAGUGUGACCAAUGCACGAAGUGCUUCUGUUGGAAAGGCCUCCUGAAUAUCCACAUGAGGACUCACUCUAGGGAGAAGACCUACAGGUGUGACCAAUGCACGGAGCUCUUCCAACGGAAAUGCGACCUGAAGAUCCACCUGAGGACUCACUCCGUUAAGAAGCCCGUUAAGAAGCCCUACAAGUGUGACCAUUGCAUGAAGUUCUUCAGUCAGAGAGGCACGAUGAUUAUCCACAUGAGGAGUCACUCCGAGGAAUAUCCCUACAGGUGUGACCAAUGCCCGAUGCGCUUCACUCAAGGUUGCUUCCUGAAGGACCACAUGUUGACUCACACCGGCAAUAAGCCCUGCGUGUGUCUGGAGUGCAACGCCAGCUACAGCGACCCAAGCAGUUUGCGUUUGCACUUGCUCAAAGCACACUUUGACGCAAGGUAACGGGACGCUUUGAUUGAGACCUCUGUCUGGUAUUGGUUUAAAUUACUGCUUUUAGUUUUUCUUUUGAUCACGAUUAAACGCUUUCUUCUCUUGAUUCGCUUUCUGUUGUUUUUAUUAAUUGAUGUCUGUGUUUAAUAACUUAUUUCUAGGACACUUCUGACAGCAAAAUAUUUGAUUCAAUGUAGAGCUUGAUCAGGGGAAGAUACAGUCAGCAAAGUUGCCAAGCAUACAGUCAAUGAGACGAUGGGUGUACAUGAUUCUUAUAGGAAACGUUCACAUCGUGGGUAAAUACAAAGGAAACAAAGGUCAGGGGGAGGGGCCUUCGUGGAGUUUAGGAUUGGCCAGAGGAGGGACCAAGUUAAAUUGCAAUUCACAAUAUGGGUGGAGUGGACAUGGCUGCAAGACAGUUAAAGGAAUCUACACAACAAAGAAGUCUGGAUUGCCCUUAGUAUCAAACUUGGUCCCCACAGUUGCAAAUGCAAAACUAUGUCAACACCUUUCAAUUAGAGCGGGCGGGAGGUAUCUCUAGGUCUAUGGAGAAUGGAUAGAAAUUCAUUGAAAUUGACUAAUUAUUCAGGGUUCAUAUAAUUUUUAUAUUAAAGUCUGCUUGAUAUUGCCAUGACACUCAUUACCCUUAUCUUUGUUAGCCUAUUACAAAAAGCCUGCAAAGUUCACUUGUGAAAUAGACUGCGAUUUAACCCCACAUUAUACAUGAUUGUGUUCAUUCCACUUACCUUUCCAUUCUGUGCGCUUAAUGCUAACUACCUUGGAUGGAUUGUAUCAUAAUAGGCGAUAAUGGUUGAAGAUGAUCCAUUUUAAA